AUACCGGUAAUUAUCCUCUUUUGACAACAUGUCGUCCAACGGCGGAGGCAAGAUGAAGUCCAUUGAGGAAGAAAUGAGCAGGUUUGUUAUGAUAUCUUUGACAAAUUGGUGAUUAAAAUCCUCCAGGCAUACCGGUAUAUGAUAUGAAGUUCCAUUUUGAUUUGUAGAGGUUUGAGGAGGAGAUUAUGAGUUUAACACAGGACCCAACACCUAUUGGGGGAGCAGUGAAAAGUCAAGAACAUAAAGCAUCAAGUUUUCAAUUCCAGCCGAGGCAGACCCAAGGAAGGGAAAGGAUUCCUAGAGCACCUGGCUUUCAGCCAAGACAGAUGGGCAGGCCUGGUGGAAAUAUGUCAAGACCAAACAGACCAUCAAGGGAACACCAUGGAUUUGUCCCUCACCAGGUUAGGGCAAACCAGAGACCACAAGGCCCCCCUCGUUUCCCCCACUUACCACCCCCUCCACCCCCUCCCCCUAUGGACACUGGAGGCCCAAUGGGACCAAUGCCCAACAUGGUUCCACCUAACAUGAUGGGUCCCCUCCCUCCCCCACCGAUGCCCCCCUUCGCAAUGAUGCCCCCAGCUCCACCUAAUUUACAGAAACCAGUCACUCUAUCUGCCAAGCCUACAACCUAUGCAUCUAAACCAGUUCUGAAUAAGAAAUCCAAGAAGAAAGUGAAGAAAGAAAAGUCAACAGAGUCAAAGGAUGAACCGACAGCUAUAAAAAAAGAAGCGAAGAAGAAUGAAGAGCCUGCAGUUCCGUCAAUUGCGCCACCAGACCCUUCUGUUCCUCAGGAGCACAAUGUACGGUCCCCGAUGCCCCUACCCCCUCCACCUGCCAUACCACAAGCCUUCAAUCCUGUCCCUACCCCUACAGAUCUCACCCAGGGUGGGGCGUAUGAGCUCGGCACAGCUUCAGAGCCAUUGAAGAAGAAGGAUAAAAAGAAGAAGCAUAUCAGAGUAGCUGCGGGUACUACAUGGGAAGACGAUAGCUUAGCCGAGUGGGACCCCAAUGAUUUUAGGUUAUUUGCAGGUGAUCUUGGCAAUGAGGUAACUGAGGACACACUUACUAAAGUAUUUGGAUCAUACCCUAGCUACAUAAGAUGCAAGAUCAUUCGUGACAAGAGGACCAAUAAGACAAAAGGCUAUGGGUUUGUUAGCUUCAAGGAUCCUCGAGACUUUGUACAAGCAAUGAAAGACUGGAAUGGAAAAUACGUUGGUAAUCGCCCUAUCAAGCUUCUGAAGAGUACCUGGAAGGAUAGAGACGUCAGCUCCGUCAAGAAGAAACAAAAGGAGAAAGAUAGGCUUGGGCUUCGGUGAUGCAUAUAAACAAGACAGUAAAAUAAUUAUUUGAGACAUUUGAAUAUAAAGACUUGUCGAGAUGAGCUAGCUCUGUUUGUAUGAUCAGAAUCAAAUUCUGUCAGUCUGCCACAGAUCCUCAUGAUCCUCAAGGAUCCACAGAUCCUUACAAACGAUGCGAUGGAUGACCCUUUCAUGGGAGCUCACUAAAGAAAAUUUGGAGUACAUCAUUUAUCACAAAACGUCAAUGACAGACCAAGUCAAUCUCUUUCAAGUCCAUAUUUAGCUAAGUCGAGUUGCGUCGAGAUUAUCUUGCCAGUGCGACCAGCACUAUUAUUCGCGCAGUACGCGCACUGAUGUGAAUGAGAAAGUAUCAGCACGGCAAGGCCAGAAGAUCAAGGUCUUGGCUCUGGUGUAAGCUUGUGUAGAUUUGGUAGGGGCAGCGAAAUUAAGCAGCAGAACGGUAACACAAAUGUCAUCAGUCUAUGUAUUUUUAUUGGUAAGCAAACUGCAAAAAUGAUGAUUACUUUUCACCAUAACUUUUCUUCUUGAAUUCUCCAUACUCAGCUGGUAUUGAUUUCAAACCCUUCAAUUCGAUACCCUGUAACAAUAAUGGUAGGCCUAAUUAUUAUUAUAAUCAUUACCCUCUUAUAAAUUGGCUGUUACGCUAUCCCAUGUUCAGUGGCGUAAUUGGGGGCUAGAUAUGGCAUAUCAUGAAAAAUUAUUUUUUAAGCUGAAAGCGAGCGCAGCGAGAGAGGAAAAAUUUUAACAUUUUUAUUACAAAAAUAAAAAAUUUUGAUAGAUUUUUACAUAAUAUUCAGGAAAUGAGAAUUUUGCCCUUCUCUUUUUUUUUUUCUUGAAUAUUGUUUGGGGACUCCAGCUCCCCCCCCCAUCUGUACGCCAUUGCCCAUGUUUGAUUUAGGGAAAAUGGAGAGAAAAAGUAGACCAAGGCCUACUCCACACCCACUUCUUUUAUUUAAAGGGAAAUGAAACCUUUGGAACAAGUAGGCUUGUGUCGAAACAGAAAAUCAACGAAUUAGAACAAAGAAAGUUUGAGAAAAAUCAGACAAAUAAUGAGAAAGUUAUGAGCAUUUGAAUAUUGCAAUCACUAGUGCUAUGGAGAUCCUCUCAUUGGCAAUGCGACAAAGAUGUGUGAUGUCACAUGUGAACAGCUUUCCCUUUGAUGGACUAUGAAAUACCCUCAAAAUGUCUCUUUUUGCUUUUUCUUAUGGUGAUACAAACUCUUUAUCCAUGAUGUAUUCUUUAAAAAUCUGAAUUACAUGCCCUCCUUUAGAAAGAACACAUGAUCUUCUGAUUGAUGUGAUAAAAGAGGCAAUUUAAGUGAAAUAUAUUCUAAAGUAAUGGGGAGAGUUGUGAGUAUUGCGAGUCCAAAGUGCAAGUGAAUAACUAUGUCCUGACUUUCUUUCUUUUAUUUUCCCUCUUUAUUUUUCAUUUUCUUCCUUUUUUCUCACAUUAUACCAGGUGAGAUGUAUCAUAUAUUAUUGUUUUUAUUUUCACAAUUUUGUACUUCCUCUAUGAUGUUUCACUAUAAACUUGCUUGAAGGGGAGAAGAGAGUAGACUGCCAUUGAAGUAUAGUCCGAGGUUCAAAUCUCCAACAUAACAAAGUUUUUUUAAUCAUGUCGACUUGAGCAAGGAUGUAAAGUAAGCAAGAUUUUGAUGAAUACAUAUUAUAAUAAAGGCAGUUGCCCCCUGACAAGGGAA